CAGAGGCGGAAGGCCAGACAUCCUUAUACUCACUCAUGUGUAAAACAGAGCAAAAGCAAGAGAAUGUGGCCUUGGGGGCAGGCAGCUCACAAGGAGCUCUGACAGAGACCCAGCACCACGCCUUGAGAGUGGACACAGAACAGCCAGGAUCCCUCAACACCGGGCAGAGACCGGGAGCUCAGCCACAGACAACCCAAAGUCUUCUUGGCAAACUCAGCUAAAGCUGAGGGAUCCACCCCAUGGAGAGAUGCCUAGCAGAUGCCAAUGACUCCAAGGACGGCUUGGAUUUCAACCUCAUGAAGGAUUACAUGAUCCUGAAUGGCCCCCAAAAGAUAGCUGUUGUGGUGCUGUGCACCCCUCUGGGCCUGCUAAGCGUCCUGGAGAACCUGGCUGUGCUCUACUUGAUCCUGUCCUCCCACCGGCUCCGCAGGAAGCCCUCAUACCUAUUCAUUGGCAGCUUGGCUGGGGCUGACUUCCUGGCCAGUAUGGUCUUUACCUGCAUCUUUGUAAAUUUCCACGUCUUCCAUGGUGUGGAUUCCAAGGCUGUUUUCCUGCUGAAGAUAUGCAGCGUGACCAUGACUUUCACAGCCUCUGUGGGCAGUCUGCUGCUCACCGCCAUUGACCGUUACCUCUGCCUGCACCACCCACCUGCAUACAAAGCUCUACUCACCCAGAGGAGGGCACUGGUGACUCUGGGCAUCACGUGGGUCCUCUCAGCAUUGGUCUCCUAUCUGCCCCUCAUGGGAUGGACUUGCUGUCCCAGUCCCUGCUCUGAGCUUUUCCCACUGAUCCCCAAUAACUAUCUGCUGGGUUGGCUCCUCUUCAUCACCACUCUCUUCUCUGGCAUAAUCUACACCUAUGGGCACGUCCUCUGGAAGGCCCAUCAGCAUGUAGCUAGCUUGGCUGAGCACCAGGAGAGGCAGGUGCCAGGAAUGGCCCGGAUGAGGCUGGACGUGAGGUUGGCCAAGACCCUGGGGGUGGUGCUGGCUGUGCUGCUCAUUUGCUGGUUCCCAGUACUGGUCCUCAUGGCCUACAGCCUGUUCACUAAGCUAAGCGACCAGGUCAAGAAGGUCUUCACCUUCUGCUGCAUCCUGUGCCUUUUGAACUCAAUGGUCAACCCUGUCAUCUAUGCCCUGCGGAGUGGGGAAAUCCGCUCUUCCGCUCACCACUGCCUGGCCCACUGGAAGAAGUACCUGCCAGGACUCAGCCCUGAGGGAAAAGAAGAGGCCCCGCGAUCUUCAGUCACCGAGACAGAAGUUGACGUGAAAAUCACACAGUAGACAGAUUCCAGAGGUCUACACAGCUCUAGUUGCCGAUGAGGUCUCUUUCCCAGUUUUAAAUGACCCAAGUGAGAAACCAUUUCACUUUCUGGAGGACAGAGAGCAGUCUUGACUGCCUCAUCUUAUUUGAACCACCCCAGGAGCCUAGAUAGGUACACCUCUUCACUGAUAUUGGGACUGGCCCCCAGAGCAUGACUGGACCAUGCCUACUGUUGGGAGCUAAGCCCUACGAGGGGUGGCAGGAGACAAAAGGGCCUGGGGCAGGGUCAGUCCACAUCAGGUCAGGAAAACCCCCAGCAAGAUAACUUCAUGCCUGCAUCCUUCAGAGACCAUAGGGAGCCAGAGAGGGCCUUCAGGGCCAGCAGUGAGUGACUUGGAGGAAAUCUGAGGAAAAUAGAUAGUUCUCCUGGGAACUCAGGGUAUGGGCCAGCUGAAUGGCCCCUUGUUCCUGCUUAAUUUUGGGGGUUUUUUGGUUUUGGAGCUGUGAAAGCAGAUGCCCUAGGCCCCACCUUCAGGUCCCUCUUGUUCAAUGAGGACCAAGAACUGGGAUAUGAUGAGGCUGCUGAUCCAUCUCUUGCAGAGGAAACUGAUAUACCUCCAGCUCAGGACAUCUUGUUAUAAGGACAAGGGCCCUCCCUGACAACCUGCUAAUCCCCACUCACAGUCACUGUGACCUCUUAGGUCCCUAGGGAAUAUGGAGGAGGCUAGAAUUUCUUGGGACACAGGAUCUUCAGUUUUUUACUGAUCUUGUGAAGUCCUGCUUGGUGGAGCCAAUGGGAGCAGGCAGUGUCCCUGUUUAACCAAGCUCCAAAAAUGGAGAUACUAACAAAGAUUUUAUAGGCCCCAAAGUGUUCCCAGUCUCUUCUCAAUUCAGCCCCCUUUGCCUUCUCUGCACCCCAAUAAUGCAUAAUAAGCAGAACAACUGGGAGGAGGGGGAAAUUUCUUUUCUACGCACCUGGCACUGGGCUGGCAUCCCAUGGUCCAUUUUCCCAUCUCAAAUGCAGUAAGAAUACAGUCCCACACUUUUGAAGAUCUGAGAGUACCCAUAUUUUACAUAUCAGGGAGACUGAGUUCCUACCAAGAGGCUUAAAAUAAUAGACAAGAGAAAUUGUUGGUGUAGGGUGAUGGGGGGGAUUACUGAGGAAUUCUAAUGCAAGUAUUUGGAAGCACAGAUGAAAUAGAAGGAAAGAUACUGAGUAAACAUGUCUUCAUUGAACACUUACAAGAGAAUGUCUCCACUAUUCAUUCAAUCAUACAUCCAUCUCACAAAAAUGUACCAGACUCUCCACUAGGUCCUUGAUGGCCAGUCAUAAAUGAGACUGCCCUUGUCCAAUGGUGCUUACAUUUUACAAUCAAAUGCAGAGAGAGCCAGUGAAGAGGCAGACAAGUAAACAAAGAAGAUAAUUACAGAUGGUACAAUGACAGAAAUCAACAGGGACAUGUGAUAGGGAUUAAUCAGGGCAUACAACUUGAGGUAGGGUAGACCUACUAUGGCUUCCGUCAAAAAUGAUGGCUGGCUUUUAUCGAGCUAUUACUAUGUGCUGGAGUCCCUGUGUGGUGUAAAUGGUUAAGCGCUCAGCUGCUAACCAAAAGGUCAGAGGUUUGAGUCCACCCAGAAGUGCCUCAAAAGAAAGGCCUGUUGAUCUACUUCCAAAAAUCA